AUGCAUUCAUGCUAUGACAUAAUUAUCGAUAAAGAUAAAGGUGUAAUAAAGUUCAGAUAUAGUAACCAUACACUUGAUCGAGAAGGUGAAGAUUUUGGACAAGUUAUCGUCGGCGUAAUAGCAACUGAUAAAGGAGAACAUCCUAAAAAUUCCUCAACAAUGGAGUUCAAAAUCAAGAUAACAGAUAUCAAUGAUCAGGUUCCAGUCUUUAACCAGAUAAAUUAUGCAUUUAGCAUAUUUCAGUAUGCACCUAAUGAAACCCCUAUAGGAGAGGUGAAAGCAGUUGAUCUUGACGAGAAGCCUGAAACAUUAUAUUCUAUCAAUAUAACGGAAAGCAGUGUUGGCGCGGUUGUUACAAUAGACAAAUUAACAGGAGAAAUAGUCAAGUCUGGUAACAUGUCACUUAGCAAUACACAAAAUGUUCAAAUAAAGGGAAAUGUGUUUGCUCAGGAUGGAAAAGAUCUGAAGAAGUUACCAAGUCAUGCUGAAAUCAUAAUAACAAUUCAGUUUGAUGACAAAAACAAUCAUACACCUGUAUUUCAACAAGAUUGGUAUGAACAAAAUGUUGAUUGGAAUACAGCAGCUGAACAUAAGAUCGUAAAAGUAAUUGCAGAAGAUGCUGAUGACGGAAAAGAGGGGGAAGUAACACUAUCUAUUAUUGAUGGAAAUUCAAGAGAAUUCUUUGCAAUAAACAUGAUAAAUGACGAGAGUUAUGUGGUUUUAAAAUAUCAACUAGACUCCUCUAUAGGGAAGGAUCCUACAGUAAUAGUUAACUUGACCGUAAAAGCUGAAGAUAGCGGAAUUAUUCCAAAGAGCAGUUAUGUCAAUGUCAAACUACGGAUUUUUGGCCAAAACCCAGGGACUUGUAUACAAGGAGCAGCACAUUCUAAGGAAUUACUUAAUAUAGAGAGUGAACGGGACAAAUGGUCUUAUGCUUUGUAUGGACUCGUAGCAGCACUGUGUUUGGCAAUAUUACUGUCUUUUGUAUUUCUUUACAAGUGGCGGACAUCUCCAGUGUCUGAAACUACUCCUCCUGUUGGGAAAAUGAAAUAUUUUGACAACCCUAUUCCUUAUGAUCAUCUGAAGAAACGGGAAACUGUAGAAUAUUCGCAUUCAAAUGAGUCUUUUGACCCCCCAGGUAGAAACUGUGAUUUCUCAGACGACAAAGACCAGUAUCAAAGAGUGACAGAGCUUGAAGGGGAAGCAAGAUUUAGGAGACCACUCGAUAAUAAACAUUUACACUCUUCAAGGCCGUUAUCUUUUGAAGAACCAACACCAGACUAUCCUGUUUACGAAUUUGAUGGAAAGGUUACCAAACCUGCAAUCCCGUCUACAAGUAGAACAUCCGAAAACUGUUGAAAAUGUUAUAUGUUUAAUUUUCCGGUAUGCCUACUUCAUCACACAAAUUAUUCAUUUCAGAGUUUUUUUUAGAAUUGUUCAUUUCAUUUUUUCUUUUCUAUUUGACUAUUGUAUUUACGUCGAUCUUGAUUGUUUAUAUAAAAUUGUUUCCAGUUUUCAGUUCUUACCAUGAAUGGUAUUUAUGUAUGUGAUAUAGUGUCCAUUGCAGUCAAUGUAUUUUAAUAUGGUAAAUGUGUUUAACGUUUAUUCAAUUAAAGUAUUGCAUUAAUUAUAAUCAUCUACCACCAUAUUCAUAUUUCAUUAUUCAUUGUCCUAAUUUUUAGGUCUUUUUUUUACCGUUUCCCACAUGAAAUGUACUUAAAAAAUGAGAACAAAAACAUUGAACAAUAAAUAUGGUAUCCUAGAACAUACUUAUUUUUUUUUAAAUAAUUUAAUAUUCAAUGUUCUUUUUAGUUGAAUUUAUGGAUGUGUUAAGUUAUCCAUCCACUCCAAAAACACGUAAAUAAAUACAGGAAACAAACUGAUAAAUGUAAUAUGUAGAUUCAAUGAUAUAAUAUAUAAAUCUGUAUGUAAUACCAUUGCAGUGUAUAGUUUAUAUAAUUACUUUUUGUGGAGUUGAGAAAACUUGAAACAAAACCUUUAAAUUUGUUAUAUCCCCUUAAGAUGUCCCUGCUUUGUAACGCUUGCAGAAUAAAUUGAUAAUAUAUUUCUUCCUACUGUGAGCACGUGCUUUUGGUGUUUUGUUUAUUAUUCUGUCCAACGUUUGUAUCAGAAACAAUCCAGCAACAAAUCCUGAACAGCUUUACUGUUGAUGUUUUUUUCAUGAUUAUUUAUGCAAAAUCGUACUUAUAUGAUUUAAAUUUUUUAUGUUUUGAAUCUCGUGUUUCUUUUUUCAUAUUAAUGAUUUUAAGGUCUUGUUUUCGAAUGACAUUGACUGAUAUCAUUGUACGUAUAUGGAUAUGCAUAUUAUACGGUCCGCUUUUCCUUCUAAACCCUCGCCAUAAUUUAAUGAAUCUUGCUCAGAACCUUUACUAUGUAUUGUUAAUAGAUAUAGGAAGAUGUGGUAUGUGUGCCAAUGAGACAACUCUCUAUUCAAGUAACAAUUAUAUAUGUAAACCAUUGAGGCUGAAUUACUAUUCUAGAUAAUCAUACAUUUCACAAGAGGGGUGUGUCAUUUUAUUGGAUUUGGUAUCUCUAGCUUUUGUUAUAUCUCUAAAUAUAUAUUACGUUCUCUCUUACCUCUCUCUACACGAAUACUUGUUUAGUGAUUUAUUUCCAUAUAGUUUCAAACAGAUAUACUUAAAUGCUUUAUAUUACUA